UGGGUACAAAGAAUAGGGGACGCGUAUGGAAGAGCGUUGUUUUACAUUGAUACAAAUCUGACGGAAUUUGCAAGUUUUUUUUUUUUUUUUUUUCAUUAUUUUAACCAGCUUCAGGAUGAUGAAGUUUAGGUUCAGGAAGCAGGGCAACGACCCUCAGCGAGAAAAAAUUAAACAGGAUCUUUUUGCAUUUAAUAAGACUGUUGAGCAUGGCUUUCCCAAUCAGCCCAGUGCUCUGGCAUAUGAUCCAAAACUACGAGUGAUGGCCAUCGGAACAAAGUCGGGAGCAGUCAAAAUAUAUGGAGCCCCGGGUGUGGAGUUCACAGGUUUGCACAAGGAGACCGCCACAGUGACACAGAUGCACUUUUUACCUGGGCAGGGAUGGCUCCUGUCCUUGCUGGAUGACAACACCCUCCACUUGUGGGAGAUCAGUCUGCGGGAAGGCUGCUCCCACCUGGAAGAGAUCCGUUGUUUCACCCUUCCAGGAAGAGCCAGUUUUGAGAGUGCCAAUGCCCCGGCCAGUGUUACCCGCGUGACGGUGAUCCUGCUGUGGACCAGCUGCGACCUGGCUUGCGUUGGCACUGAGGGAGGAGGGGUACACUUUCUGGAGCUGCCCAGCCUGACCCUGGCAGACAUCAAACCCCUCUUCCAGGAUGAGAUCAUGCAGAGUGUUCCAGAGGAGUACAAGUGUGGGAAGACCCUGGGGCCUGUCGAGUCACUACAGGAACACCCCCAGUGCCCAAGCAAGGUCCUGAUUGGUUACAGCAGAGGCCUGGUGGUUCUGUGGGACCAGAGCACCAGACAGGUGGACAAUCUCUUCUUGGGGAACCAACAGCUGGAAAGCAUGGGUUGGGAGCGGAGUGGCAAGACGUUUGUGAGCUCUCACAGUGAUGGAGCGUACAUGGUGUGGGCUGUGACCAGCAGCAAUCCCAGAGCCCAGCAGCCAGUGACCUCCACCAUACCAUACGGUCCCUUUCCAUGUAAGGCCAUUAACAAAAUCCAGUGGAGGACUUCAGAGUCUGGGAGCCCUCUGGUCCUCUUCAGCGGUGGCAUGCCCCGAGCCAGCUAUGGAGACCGGCACUGCGUCACCAUCCUGCAGGACAAGACCCAGGUGACUCUGGACUUCACAUCCCGGGUCAUCGACUUCUUCACAAUCCACUGCACAGAGAGCGAGAAGGAGUACGACGACCCCACUGCUCUGGUCGUCCUUCUGGAAGAGGAACUGGUGGUGAUAGACCUCCAGACCACUGGGUGGCCCACCAUCCCCUCUCCGUACCUCGCCCCCCUGCACUCCUCUGCCAUCACCUGCUCCUACCACAUCUCCAACGUGCCCGCCAAGCUGUGGGAGAGGAUCGUGAGCGCUGGGCAACAGCAGAACCCUCUGCAGACGCAUGUGAAGUGGCCAAUCAACGGAGGGAAGAGUUUAUCUCCAGAACCAAGUCAGAAGGGCCUGCUGUUAACUGGCCAUGAAGAUGGUACAGUUAGAUUCUGGGAUGCAUCGGGAGUUUCUUUAAAGCCCCUGUACAAACUGAGCACCGCAAACAUCUUCCAGACAGACUGCGAUCACAACGACAGCCUGACCCAGCAGGGCGAGGAUGAGUGGCCCCCCUUCAGGAAGGUGGGCUGCUUCGACCCCUACAGUGAUGACCCCAGGCUGGGGAUUCAGAAGAUCGCUCUGUGUAAAUACAGUGGCAAACUGGUGGUGGCUGGGACUGCAGGACAGGUUCUGGUGAUGGACCCCAGUGAUGAGAAGUCGGAUCACAUGAUCAACAUGGCCACAUUGGACCUGCUUCAGGAUCGAGAAGGAUUCACCUGGAAAGGUCACGACCGGCUCGCUCCCAACAACGGGCCAAUCAGCUUCCAGCCAGGGUUCCAGCCCAGCAUCCUGGUGCAGUGCAUGCCCCCUGCCGCCGUCACUGCGGUAACGUUGCACCCAGAGUGGAACCUCGUCGCCUUUGGGACCAGCCACGGCUUCGGCCUCUUCGACUACCACCGGGGCAAACCCGUCCUGGCCAGGUGUACGCUGCACCCCAACGACUCUCUGGCCAUGGAGGGCCCCUUGUCGCGGGUCAAAUCUCUAAAGAAAUCCCUGCGGCAGUCCUUCAGGAGGAUCCGCAAGAGCAGAGUGUCCGGAAAGAAACGACCCCCUGUGAACAGCCCUGCGAGCAAGGUGCAGGAGGCGAAUGCCCAGCUGGCGGGGCAGGCAGGGCCCCAUGACGUGGAGGUGGCCCCGGUGCAGCGGAGAAUAGAGCCUCGCUCGGCGGACGACUCUCUCUCGGGGGUGGUGCGUUGCCUCUGCUUCGCCGACACCUACCUGCGAGACGGGACCCACCACGGACCCACCAUGUGGGCUGGCACUAACUCAGGCUCAGUGUUCGCCUAUGCGCUGGAGGUGCCCUCGGUGGAGAAGUUCUCGGAGCAGUGUGUGGAGGCUGUGCUGGGCAAGGAAAUCCAGCUAAUGCACCGGGCGCCCGUGGUGUCGAUCGCCGUGCUGGACGGCCGAGGAAACCCCCUCCCUGACCCCUACGAGGUGUCCCGGGACCUGGCCAAGGCACCGGACAUGCAGGGCAGCCAUUCAGUGCUCAUCGCCUCUGAGGAGCAGUUCAAGGUGUUCACUCUUCCCAAGGUCAGUGCCAAGACCAAGUUCAAGCUGACGGCUCACGAGGGCUGCCGCGUGCGGAAGGUGGCCCUGGUUCACUUCACCAGCGUCUCCUCGGAGGACUACAGUGAGAACUGCCUGGUGUGCCUGACCAACCUGGGAGACAUCCAUGUGUUCAGCGUGCCCGGGCUGAGGCCGCAGAUGCGUUACGACUGCGUCCGCAAAGAGGACAUCAGCGGCAUCGCCUCCUGCGUGUUCACCAAGUCAGGCCAAGGUUUCUACUUGAUAUCCCCCUCUGAGUUUGAGCGCUUCUCCCUCUCUGCCCGCGUCAUCACGGAGCCGCUGUGCACAGUGGAGAUCAACCGGCCUCACGACUCCACAGCUGUCAGUAACAAUACGAGCGGGUCACUGCAGGCCAAUGGAACUCAUAACAUGCAGAGCGAAAGCUGCUCCUUGGGAGAAGAAGGGGUUUUUGAAGAGGUCCAGACUGCACUGUCCUCGCCAGCUCUCGACUCUCCCAACAGCAGUGGUGACAUCACCCUCGACACCACGGCGGACAUCACAGUGGAGGACGUCAAGGACUUCCUAGUGUCCACAGAAGAAGCCGAGAAAAAUAUGAAGAAUAUGUCCGAGGAAGACCCCAGAUCACCAGGAAUCCUGAUAAACUGAGGCUGCUCUAGCUGUUGAGAAAGCACUGGGGACAACCUGCAAGGAACUUGACCUCUGAAAGACGAACUGUCCUCCUGACUGGCCCAAGCGCUGUUCUCGUCGGGAUUCCCAUAAACGACCUGGGCCCAAGCUUAUCCUCUGUGCCAAAAGAUGGAGGUUGCUAUUUUUACAGACCUUGUGGUGUGUGUGUCAUAUAUAUAUAGUAUUAUAUAUAUGAAUAUA